AUGAAAACAAGAAUAAUCGCAUCAUUUCUAGCAAUGAUUUUCAUAGUGUUAGUUGACUGUUCAAAUGAUUUAGAGAAAAACAAAGAAGAAACCAUUAGUAGGGUAUAUCCUGUUCUGCAAGAAGCAACAAAUACAGAGAGCGCUGGCGCCGGAGAGCAUGCUGUAAACACCUCCAAUCCACCAACUACAGAAAAGCCUUCUGUGCUUAGAGACUUUCUCACGGCACUGCAGGAUAAAAAUAGCGAACUUAAAAAGAUUAUGAACGAUCAUCCUGAAAGUAGAUGGGGAGAGCUGCUAAAGAAUGUUUCUCACCUACAGAUAAACUUGGAGCUUUUCAAAAACGAUUUGGACAUAAAUAUAUUUUGCAAUAUGCAGUCUCUGCAAAGUGUUACAAUUUGCAUAGAAGAUGAGCAAGAAAUUGCAGGAAGUGAAAAGUCGAUUAACUACCAAUUUGAGCUAAUUCUUAUAAAAAUUCUUAACAUGAAAAUCAAAACAAUAACUCUGGAAUCAGUGGAAAUAGACAGAAAACAUCUCAAGGCACUUUCUGAUAUAGGUUCAAUUACGUCUCUCCAUUUCAGUAACUGCAAAAUUCUAUGGGAUAUUUCGGACAUAGCCGAAGCAAGAAAAGUUUUCGUAAAAACAAUGCAGAGUUUUAAGCUUCUUACUUCUCUUGCAAUAACUAAUUGCGGGCUGAAAGAGAUUUUCAUUGGAAAAAGCGAAGUGUCUGAAAUGUAUAGAGAUAUGAAUGUCAGUAGCAUUUUAGAAUGUCCGCUCUCUAAUAUGACUCUGAAAAUUGAAGACGAGAAUUGUGCUACUGUUCUUUCAAUUAUUAGCUUGUGCUAUAGUGUCAGAAAAUUAAUCAUUUCAAACAACAAUCUAGCUGGAAGUUUAAAUUUCCUAAAAGCCUAUCCCGCUGGCGGCAAACUCGCACUGCUUGAAAAGCUCUCCAUAUUCAACGAGCCAAAACUGCUUCAUUUAGAGACAGAUUUCGUUUCCUCCUUUCCUAGUCUUAAGUCCUUGGACCUGAUAGGGAUAAACAAGGAUAUAGUAGUUUCAACAGACUUUUUUUCGUACGAACUCCGCCGCAUAGAGUACAUAAACAUCGACUACCAUUUAUUUGUGCAAAUAGGACAGCACGACAGCUUCUUCGUAAAAGAAAAAAAGUGCAUAACUGCCUACGCAAAGGGGAUAAUAGACCCAAGUACUAUAUGCAUGAGAAUAACAAGCGAAGCGCUCAACUCUCUACAGAAAGACAUAGUAAUCAACGCAAAGAGAAUGAAGAUAAUAAUAUACGCAGAAAUAAUGGAAAGAAAUUACAUCAGAAAGAUUUCUCUGGUUAUUCCAAAGUCUCUGUCUACGGUCAAUCUGGGCGUAGAAGUGCACACAGAAAAAAACAUUGUAAAAAGCGAAAUAGAGAAGAUAGUGUAUGCCGUGACGAACAAGUACCAAAACAUAAAGAUACUUACGUUUAAGUUCCCGCUUCCUGAGGUGCUGCAAAAAAGCAUAGAAACUAAGUUCCUCAAAAGAAUUCCUAACUUGUCUUUCUUCUCCUUCGAUAAUUUGGUUAAAGAUAUUCUAUUCGAAGGAAGGAGCAAAGAAAACGGAUACUACAAAAAAGGAAACAACAUAAACACCAUUGCGCUUGCCAGAGAAGAUGCAGAGGACCCUUUGAAAUGGAGCAAACUGAAAAAUCAGAACGCGAUACUUUAUCUUGUGGACACGAGAUACUAUGAAGUGUGGAUAAAGCUUGCGUGCAAGAAACAAGAGGAAAACCAGAACAACUACAAGGUAAGGAUGCUUCCUCUUCCCGCCUUCCCAAACAAAAAGAAUGAUGGGGCUGAAGCCUUCAACACCUACAAAGAAGAUGAAUUUACAGACCCAAACUUCGAUCUGGAAAACUUUAUGAAAGAGAACAAGAAGUGCCAGGCCCCCAAAUGCAACGCUGAGCUGAAGUGCGAUGAGAAAAAUGAAGAAAUAUUUGUAAAAACCAAUGUAGUUCUCUACAAGCAAAGAGUAAAUGCGCACUCCUUCUGCGUUCUCUCUUGCGGGCACUACUUCUGCAUCUCCUGCACCAAGAAAAUAGCAAAUAUUGACUCUGCAACAUCUUUAGUCUCGGGACUGGGCAUAUCAAUCCUUAAAAAAGUAUCAGAAAAAGUGAUAAACAGUAUCCCUAGUUCUAUAAAAGGCAUGUUUAGCGCAAAGCCAGAAGAAGAUGGCGAUAUUACUAAUCAGAAUCAAGAAAUAGUAGAGGCAUCGCACAAUGAAAAAAUAAAAAUAACAUGUCCGCUGGAGGAAUGCAACAGCUUCAACAAGACAGCAAUCUACUACUGCACAGAUGAAGUGUCGCUGACAUCAGGAUACACUGAGCAGUACACAACGCUUGAGUAG